AUGAUUUACUCUGCCAUUGCGGGGCUUUUGCUCACACUCACAUCGGUCGCCACCGCAUCAGCAUUGCCUGAAGUCAACAGUUUGGAGUCCAGACAAGCCCCUUCUGUCUCGACGAUUAGCUUCUCAGAGCCGAUCCUAAGCCCGAAUGUUAUAUUAACCUUCCCCAACGGCACUUGGGUGGAGAACCUCGUUCCCCGUUCCGAAGACGGCAACUUUGUGGCUACUCUUCUUUCAGCGCCAGAAGUGUACCUCCUAUCAUCUACAAAUGCCUUCCCACCACUCCUCCUUGCCCAGUUCCCCGCAAAGACCAGUGUUCUAGGUGUUGUGGAGCUCGGCCAUGACGUUUUCUACGCUGUUGUCGGCAACUUUUCUGUGAAAACGUUCGCGUCCACGCCCGGCAGCUAUGGCAUCUUUAAAAUCGACCUGAAUGGUCACGCCGUCGGUGCCAACAAACCUGGUCACGGAAAACUCUCAAAGUUAACCGCCAAGGGUGUCGUUGUCACGAAGGUCGCAGAUCUCCCUGAUGCAGGUCUCCCGAAUGGGCUGACCGUUCUGAAUCCCAAUACCGGCAUCCUCCUGGUCGCUGACUCCGCCAAAGGCCUCGUCUGGUCCGUCAACGUCUUCACUGGAAAAACUGCCAUAGCCAUCAAUGACCCGUCCAUGGCACCAAAUGCAACGCUCUCAGGUGGACUUGGCCUGGGUAUCAACGGGCUUAGCUUCGACAGCGGCUAUCUCUACUACGACAACUCUAACACCGUCACCUUCUACCGUAUCGCUGUCAACUCCACCACCGGUCGUGCCACCGGCCCUGCACAAGCGCUCGCUGACCAAGAAUUUGCCAACAUCUUCCCUGAUGACUUCACGCUCGAUUUCGCCGGCGGUAUUUGGUUCGCGUGUGAGUACGGACACAUUGCUUAUCUCGCGGGCGUGAGCACAGGCAAGUUUCAACCUGGAAUCGUGGCCGUGGCUGGAAAUACGACAGGUCCUGUUGGCCUGACAUCUGCAAAAUUCGGCACAACCGCUGAGGACCUCAAGAGGGGAUCUUUGUAUGUCUCCACGAACGGCGGUCCUUUCACAUAUGGCGGUGCGCAUCCGGCACAGGGUCAGCUCGUCAGGUAUGACACAGCCCUGCUAGGCUUCUACUGA